GACCAGACGCCGUUCAUUCCUAGGAUCCUCCUAAAUGCCACAACCAACAAGUACAUCAGAGGGAUAAGCUACUCUCAAACGGAUUGUCGCACACUGUGCUUCAGUGCCAUGAUGAACCGCAGGUGCAACUGCAGCGAUUACUAUUCGGCUCAAGAGUUUUACUUUCAUGGAGAAUUGUUCAACUCGGCAGAGCGAUUGUGUGACUACACAAAUGGAGAAGACGAGGACUGCUUCAGCGACGUGUUCAGCGACAUAGCCACAGCACAAGAAUGCAAAAAAUGCCACGCACCCUGUAGGUACGUUUCCUACCAGACGGCGGCAUCCAGCUCUUAUUGGCCUUCGCCUGCUUAUCUUGUUUCAACGUUGAUGAGCAGCAUUGGAGGAGCAACUGCUCUGUACUUGGGAAUUUACGGCAUCACGAUAUUCGAAAUUUUCAGUUUCCUUUUUGUCACAGCAACCGCGCCGCGAAAAAAGUCGAAAGCGGAGGAAAUUGCAGAAAUUUGGCACGAGUUCGCAGCGAGAACUUCGCUCGGCGGAAUCGCGCAAAUCGAGAACUCAACUUCCAACCCGGUCAGAAUCGUUUGGCUCGGGAUUUUCGGCGCACUCGUGGGUUUCACCAUGUGGAACACGUUUGCCGUAGCACACGACUACUUUACCUUUCCUGUGACGACUGUGGUUGCUGUGACAUCUGCCGGGAAACUCGUGUUCCCCACAGUCACGCUGUGCAACCGGAAUCCCGUGGAAUGCAGCAAACUUGCCGUCUUGUAUGUGCAAGAUCGGGAUGACGGUAUUGUCAAAAACUUGCUGAAUUACAGUGGCUGCUUGGCCACAGUCACCAAGGCACCUUUAAUUUAUAGGACUAAACACUCGAUCAACAGUUUUACGCAGUGCAAAUCCUUCAUUCGGAAAGCCAUGUUCCCGGAAUUUGAACUUGAUGACUACGAUCCAAAUUCAAAGGCAUCUUUCAAAUCCCUAGAAGUCGACUUGGCUGACAAAUUCUACUCAGAAUUAGCUGUGAUCUACAAGGAUUCUUCGAAACGAAAGCUGAUUCCAACCAUUUCCCAAGGAUUUAAAAGCUUCGUCAUGAACUGCAAGCAAAAAGACAGCGAUUUCACGACAUCGUUCAUUCCAUUGUACGGAUUAUGCUACGUUUAUCAUCAUCGGAAUUUGAUGAGCAGUGAAAAUGCGGCUGUUCAAGCCUGGGUUCAUAAAUGGAACAACACAUUGUCUGCUGGAAACUGGUCAAUUUCAAAUAAUUCCGAACCCAGUGUUGCUGAAGAAUGUCAAAAAUCGUGGUCGAAAAUUUACGAAUAUGGGACAAACGAAACGAUUUCCGAUCCUGCGGGUGAUCAAUGGCAUAUUGAUCACACUAAACACUUGAUCAACAGUUUUACGCAGUGCAAAUCCUUCAUUCGGAAAGCCAUGUUCCCGGAAUUUGAACUUGAUGACUACGAUCCAAAUUCAAGCGCAUCUUUCAAAUCCCAAGAAGUCGACUUGGCUGACAAAUUCUACUCAGAAUUAGCUGUGCUCUACAAGGAUUCUUCGAAACGAAAGCUGAUUCCAACCAUUUCCCAAGGAUUUAAAAGCUUCGUCGUGAACUGCAAGCAAAAAGACAGGUCUUGCAGGAACGAAAGCGAUUUCACGACAUCGUUCAUUCCAUUGUACGGAUUAUGCUACGUUUAUCAUCAUCGGAAUGUUGGACUUGACCCAGGAAACGUCUCUAUGGAAUAUACGACUCAAAGCGGGACUUAUGCAGGCUUAACAUUAGAAAUAAGAUUCGGGAAUGAGGAAUACUGCCCUUCCCUAGUGGGCUCAGGAACAGGAGCUCGAGUCGGGAUCACACACCCCGGGGUAUUGCCAAAACCCAUUGAAGAAGGGCACUUUGUCAGCCCCAACAGAGAAACCAAGUUUGCCCUGAGGGUGUCCAACGUGCGCAGGUUGAAAGCACCCUACAGGUCCAAGUGUUGGGAGAGCUGGGAAAGGACUCCGUUGGUUCCCUUGAUUCCGAAAAGUGCCACUUCUUCGGAGUUUGACGAAGGCAAAAUAUACUCUCAGACGGAUUGUCAGAACUUGUGCUUCAACCUGCUGCUCCUACGUCAGUGCAACUGUAGUGAUUACUACUCUGUGCAAAUGUUCCGCUUUCGAGGGAAUUUAACCAACGCCAGCGAACGACAAGACAAAGCCUGUUUUCAAAACGUGCUCAGGAAUCGGGACAAAUAUGACCACGUUGGUUGCAACUGCAACCUUCCCUGCAAUUCCCCAGAGUUCAUGGUUAUGAAAUUUUACUAUCAACUGUCAACCAUCAUGGCAGAGCUUGGAGGGGCAGCAGGGAUUUACCUGGGAGUGUGUGGCAUCACUGUUUUCGAAGUGGUGUGCUUCCUGUGGUUAACCUCUGGGAUUAAUGCAAGGUCACUCAAAGAAGAUUUCCUGCGAGUUUCGGGCAGAUUCACCGUUCGUUGUUCUUACCGUCACAAACGUCACAGGCACGACAACCACCAGGACUACUACCAUCCAGAUGUGUCAUACGGCAGGUGUUCGGUGCAAGAUGGCCGACUGCAUUGCACAGAGACGUGUGAUGCGGACGCGGUCCGAGCGGCCGAGUUCGAUGGCCGGAUCGUCCUGACGGGGCAAGUUCUGGACUUCGGCUGUCUGGAUUUCUUUGGAAUCAAGAAAGUGGAAUUGUUGGGGCCGACUCGGUGCGAGGGCAAUUUUCGAGCGUCGCUGGUGGAUCCCGUUGACUUUUGCAUCGGUCAAGGAGGUACGACGGAAUUGCCGUCUUCUUCACUUCUGCCGUCUACGGUGGAACUGACGAAGUCUUCCGUAACAGUGACGUUGGAAGCGUCGACUUCUCGUGUCAUGACGGCGACAUCUGUCCCAGACCUCGGCGCCACGACUAGCAUUCCAGAUGCUGUUUCGGCUUCAUCGACGGUUGUAAACGUGCUGACGACGGGUCCGACCACUGAAACAACAACACACACUACUCCAGCUCCUGUUAAGCCUUCCAUCAUCGUCUCAGUGCUAAAGAACCUGCCUGAAACUAAAAUCGUCUCUGGGGAUCGAGCCAACAUUACGGUGGCAGUUGUCGAGGGAAAAGCGGUUUUGGGUGCAGAGUUCGCCACCGAAUUAUUUUCGAAUUUGGCUGUAGGCCUGAUUAGUGGCCUUAGUCUGACGGUUUUCGGGUUGGCAGCUGGAUGGAUUGCUUGGUGUUUGAGAAAAAAGUUCUCGUCGGAUUCUUCAUCAUGCGCAGACAAAAUACGCUUCAAGGCUGACGCACCGAGUUCUCGUCCACAGUGCGAGCAUUUCUUCUUGCCCGACACGCUGAGCAUCGGUGGGCCGGUAUUAUUGGCGGGGUUGUUGGUGUUGCCGACGAGCCGAGGGUCUCCGAACCCGUGGCCCACUGUCAUAUCUACUUGA